UAAAUGUGGCGAGAAGAGGUCUGCGGCAAAAAAGAAAAAAAAAAAAAUUAUUAAAGAAUCGCUGAGGGCAAUCUUUCGCAUCCGGGGUCAGAGGGGGACAAGGCUUCCGGCAGCUACUCGAGGUCGAGGCUGUGCGGCCUGCUCCGGGCAUCAGAAGCACAGAUGGCUGGGCCCGAGCCCGAGCUAUUACUGGACCCGGGUAUCCGACUUUGGGUGGUGCUGCCCGUCGUCCUCAUCACCUUCCUUGUGGGUGUCAGCCGCCACUAUCUGGGCCUGCUGCUACAGGCGGAGCGCAAGCCAGGGCUCCGGCAGCUGGGACACAGCCAGUUUCUGAUCCGAAGCCGGGCUCUCCGAGAACAUGGGAAAUACAUACCACGGCAGUCCUUUGUGAUGAGAAAACAUUUCUUCAAUGAUGCUGAAUCUGGUUUUUUCAGGAAGACCAAGACUAAGAUCUUGCCCAAGAACCCAAUAACAGACCCCAGCAUGCUGACAGAGAUGAUGAAAGGCAAUGUCACUCAUGUUCUCUCGAUGCUCAUCGUCGGGGGCUGGAUCAAUUCGACCUUCUCCGGCUUCGUUAUCAGUAAUGUCCCAAGGGCACAAGGAGGAUGGGGCUUUCUGUGCAGGGAGGGGGAAGAGUGCCUGUGCAAGGCAGGGCUCUGCCGGGACAAGCAUGGGGACAUCCCGGCUGGGGGUGAUCGGCGAAUACAGUGGGGCAGAAGCGAGAACCUCUGGGAGCGGGGGGAGAGAAGGUGGGAGGGGAGUACAGAGGAGCAGAGGGGUUUUGGAGAGAUUCUGCCCAGUAGAGGGGAAGUGUGGUGUGCAGGAACAGGAGGGUGUUAAUCAGAGGAUAAGGAGGGGAGGGGCGCGUGGUGGAGGGUCUCAAUCACAAGUCUCUGAUCAGGGACUAUGCCUGGUAACUCGUUCAAGGGGGACUUUCAUAGGGGGGGAUAGGCUGAGACCAACAGGAUCUGGUCAGUGCCAACUGGAGGGGCCGAAGGGCCAGUGAGAGGGGUGGAACGGAGCACAGCACAAAGGGGGCUUCCUCCCUUACUGUCUGUCUGCGCUUAGUGAGGGGUCCAGGGGUAGAGUCUGUUCCGGAACUGCUGGACCGACUGGACACUGAGGGGGUAAGAGAGGUUUGGGGGGGUGUGUGGGUCCAACCGCAGUGAGGGUUACUGUGUGUGUGUGCGUGUGAGAGAGAAAGAGAGUGUGUGCGUAUGUGUGUGAGUGAGUGCAUGUGAGAGUGUGUGCGUAUGUGUGAGUGUCUG